AUGGAAUUACCACAAUUAGGGAAGCAAUGUAGUGUAAAUUUUUGUAAACAAAAUGAUUUUUUAAUCCAUACUUGUACACAUUGUUCCUUAGAAUUUUGUAAAUUACAUUUUCACGUUUCAUCACAUAAUUGCUCCAAGUGCAAAGAUAAUGUCGUCGAAAAAUUGGACAGUGCCGCUUCUGAUAAAUAUAUCUGUACUGAUAAAUCUUGUAACAGUAGUUCAAUUAUUGAAAUGAUUUGUACUGAAUGUAAAAAACACUUCUGCUUAAGCCAUCGACACCAUGGAUGUUUUGAAAAAACAGACGAAGAAAUCUCUAAUGAGUUAAAAGCAUGGCAAGAACCUAAACAUCAAUUUUCAAUCGCUAAAAAUGUUGUAGACACUCAAAUUGCCGAAAAAAGUAAAAAAUCAAAAAAUUCUGCAUUAGCACAAAAGGUACAGUUAAUGAAGUUAAAAGGACGCGCAACAGGUUCAAAUAAUAUUCCUUUAGUACAUCGUAAAUAUUUUCUCAUUUAUCCACCGCUUAAAGUUGUUAAAAAAGAGCCUCGUGCUGUCUUUAUAAGUGAUGAUUGGACAAUUGGAAAAAGCAUUGAUUCAAUUGCUGAUAUUAUUGGAAUAAAUAAUGCUAAUAAUACAUCAAAUCCAAUAAAAUUAAAGCUGUUUAAUCAUUUGAAUGGUCAAGUUAUAAUUAAUAAAAUGGAUAUUCUAGUAUCAAGUUUAUUGAAUGAUAAUAUUUUAUCGGACGGCCAAAAUUUGAUUUUAGAAUACUCCAAAGAGGAUACUAUCGAUUACACCUUAUACAAAUAA